AUGUCUCCUAACACCAGCUCUGUGCUCCUGCAGCAGCCCGAGGAGAUGGAGCCAGCGAUGAGGCCGACGCGCUCUGCUGCCAAGUCAGCUGUGGGGAAGAUGAAGGUAGCGGCUCGGCGGUGGAGCAAGGAUGUGGACCGCUCCAGAUACGGCCUCCGUGUCCACAUCUGCAAAAACCCCGAUCUAAGUCCCAUCGCUGAGAGGCCAACCCCCCCCAGACUGACUCAACAGACCCCCCCCCACAGCUGCACAGCUCCAAAUCAAGAGGCCCACUUGAACCCUGAGUUUUCCAUCGAUACUCAAGCGACUGUCGACCUGACAGACGUGCUGGAAGAUCCUUCAGAAGUCACAUCUCCACCCUCCUGUUCAGAAAGCGCCACAGGUAAGAGCAGGAAGGCGUCGGUACAGAGGGAGAGGAGCAGUGGACCGAAGAAGAUGAAGGUCAGUUGUGCUGACGACUUCCUGCUCGUUAACCAGACUGAAGGAACCACAGAGGAGCUGCGUGAAGACCAACACACGACAAACCAAGAGGCAUCCAGGGAGACCCCGGUGCCAGAGGAGGAGGUAGACGCUGAGCAAAACCUCCACACUCCUGCACAGAGUCCCUGCACAGACUCUGAGGGGAAGUUAGAAAAUCAUGGCGCUCCAAACUCAGGGGGAGGGUCUCACAAGACUUUGACGGUUCAGAGGAAAACCUCUCUGGGCAGGAGGGGCUCUCGAAACAUCUGUAUAAAGACGGAGCAGGCAGAGCCGCUUCAAACGCUCCCUGACGAGGAGGCGCAGGAACAGGAAGACGACAUCCGGUCCAGCUCCGACAGCCAGGAGGAGGAGGAGGAGGGGGGGGUGGGGGCGGCCCCUGUGAACCUGGCCCCUGUGAACCUGGCCCCUGUGAACCUGGCCCCUGUGAACCUGGCCCCCCUGUACCUGGCCCCCCUGUACCUGGCCCCU